AUGAGUGUGAUUAGCCGGGUGGAGACUCUCCCUGCCAGGCUGUCGACGUUUGACCAGCCGUCUGAGGAUGUGAAGGACCUUCACGAGGUCUUGCCUUUGUUGGGCUCCGAGCUGAAAAAGGAUUAUGGUGAGAAGGUUUGUGAAAGCGAGGGUGGAAUUAGCGAGUUCUCUGUUAUGGAGAAGAGGGUAGAAGUGGAAACUGUUGUCCCGAAAGACGCGCAAUCGGAAAUUAGAGGGCUCAACUCUGAGGAGAAAGAGAAUGAUGAUGUGUGCUCAAAGGAAUCGCUAAUGAAGGAUCUGAAAACAACACUAAUUAGUUACGCCACAGAGCUAAAAACCAUACCUCCUGAGCUUAUAGCUUUCCAUGUUCAUGUACGUGGCAUCCAUUUCAAUGGCCGAGCAAAGCCUUGGCUUGAUAUUACAUUCCCAAAGCUUCAACAUUUGUGGACCAAACAUGUUGACUACCCUUAUAGGGCAUAUGAAGAAAAAGAACCAAUUUUUACCCACUUCUUCUGCUCCGCCGCCACCACGAAACUCGUCGUCCCCGUCAUCCAGCGGCAGCGCUACCCCCAUCUUCUCUACCAUGAACACCCUGUUCAUUUUCUGCUCCGCGUAGAUAGGCCACCCGAUCAUCGGCAUCCCGCACAUAACAACCUCCAAGAUGGAGCUCCUGCCGCAGUGGGUCACCAAUCCGGCCACCGCGUGUUCCAGCACCACUCUAUCACAGGUGAGAUGAGUGUGAUUCACCGGGUGGAGAGUCUCCCUGCCAGGCUGUCGACGUUUGACCAGUCGUCUGAGGACGUGAAGGACCUUCACGAAGUCUUGCCUUUGUCGGGCUCCGAGCUAGAAAAGGAUUAUGGUAAGUUGGCGAAGAAUAAUUUGGAGUCGGAUAAUUUUUGUUCAGAUGCUGCAGGUGAGAAGGUUUGUGAAAGCGAGGGUGGAAUUAGCGAGUUCUCUGUUGUGGAGAAGGGGGUAGAAGUGAAAACUGUUGUCCCGAAAGACGCGCAAUCGGAAAUUAGAGGGCUCGACUCUGAGGAGAAAGAGAAUGAUGAUGUGUGCUCAAAGGAAUCACCAAUGACGGAUCUGGAAACAUCACUAAUUAGUUACGCCACAGAGCUAGUCAACGAC